GCAGUUCGGCAGCUUCCCGUUGGCGGGCUGGGUGCGGCCAUGGAGGGCGAGCCUCCCCCGGUGGAGGAACGGCGGCGGCUGCAGGAGGAGCUGACCGGGUUCGUGGAGAGCUGCUGUCGGACGCUGGAGGAGGUGACGUCGUCCCUGGGCUGGAGCCUGGAUCGGCUGGACCCCGGGAAGGAGGCGGCGGCCGAGGAUGAAGUUGUGAUAUGCCCUUAUGAUUUCAAUCAUCACAUGCCUAAAUCAUCUUUAGCAAAGCACAUGGUAUCAUGUAGAUUGAGGAAACUCGGCUACACCAAAGAAGAAGAGGAUAAAAUGUAUAAUUCUGAAUUUUUCUAUGAGAAUAUGAAGAUACCUUCGAUCACUUUGAAUAAGGACUCACAAUUCCAGAUAAUUAAACAAGCUAGAACUGCGGUUGGAAAAGAUGGUGACUAUUAUAAUCAAAGGAUUUAUUCUUCCUUACCUGUUGAAGUUCCUCUGAAUCACAAACGAUUUGUUUGUGAUCUGACCCAAGCUGAUCGUCUUGCCCUCUAUGAUUUUGUAAUUGAGGAGACAAAGAAAAAGCGCUCUGAUUCUCAAAUUAUCGAAAAUGACAGUGAUCUCUUUGUAGACUUGGCUGCAAAAGUCAAUCAAGAUAAUAGUCGAAAAAGUCCAAAAUCUUACCUUGAAAUCUUGGCAGAAGUGAGGGAUUAUAAAAGAAGACGUCAGUCCUAUAGAGCUAAGAAUGUUCACAUUACCAAGAAAUCAUACACUGAGGUGAUUCGGGAUGUGAUAAAUGUGCAUAUGGAAGAACUCAGUAAUAAUUGGCAAGAAGAGCAGGAAAAAGCAGAGGAUGAUGCUGAAAAGAGAGAAGAAAGGCGAUCAGCUUCAGUAGAUUCACGGCAGUCUGGUGGAAGCUACUUGGAUGCUGAGUGUUCACGGCAUAGAAGGGAUCGAAGUAGGAGCCCACAUAAACGAAAAAGAAAUAAAGAUAAAGAUAAAGAUAAAAAUUGGGACUCAAGAAGGAGGAAAGAGAGGGAUGGGGAAAGACAUCAUAGUCAUAAAAGAAGAAAGCAAAAAGUAUAAAUUAAGUAUUCAUGCAGUGUUAAUUAUGCUAAUGGCAAGAUAACCAAUAUGCUGAUAUUUUCAUUGUAAUUGCUUUGAAUAGGGAAAAAUGUUUAUAUGACCUGUUUAGUGCUCAGAUCACUAUUUUUCAGUAAGUGCUUAUGUCUUAAACCAUGAGUACACUGUUAUGCCCUAUAACUUUGUUUUCCAUAUAUUUUAAUAGAUGAUGGCUUCCUGUUACUAAUUUUGUUCUUUUUUUCUUUUUCGAUAAUUUAUGUAUCAAAAAAUUCUUUAAUUCAGUACUUAAAUUAUACAAAUAAUACACGAAUGCAUUCUCAUUGUAAAAAAUUAAACCUUACAGAAUACCAUCUCCCAUUCCUGUGGCCACCCCAGUGGUAACUGCUAUUUACCACUACACUGGUGAGUUGUAAUAGAGAAAAGCAACCUAAAUAUCUGUCAGGAGGGGAAAGGUCUGGCUAAAUAAAAUGCACUAUAGUCAUAUAACAGAUUAUUUAUAUCAGAUUUUAAAAGUAAACUUUAUGUGAAUAUGGAUACAUUUCAGAAACAUAAUGUUAAAUGACAACAGCAAGUUGCAGAAAGAUAUAUACAGUACUAUACAUUUUCAAUGGCUAUAUAUGUAUGUAAAUAUAUUUUUAAAGGUUCAGAAGAACCCAUAUCAAACUCACAGCAGUGAUUAUUCGGGGGAGACAGUAUAAAUGGGAGAGAUAAGGAGUGGCAGUGAAGAUUGGGAGGGUGGUCAAAGGAAACUUUAGCUUUACCCAUAAUACAUUAGUUUCCUAAAAAUAAGGUAGGUAUUCAGCCCGGCCAGUGUGGCUCAUGGUUGAACUUUAUCCCAUGGACCAGAAGGUCAUGGUUUAAUUGCUGGUCAGGGCACAUGUGCCAAUAGGGGGUGUGCAAGAGGCAGCCGAUCGAUGUUUUUCUCUCUCCUUCUCCCUUUCUCUCUCUGAAAUCAAUGAAAACAUAUUUUUUAAAAAUGAAAAAAAUAAGGUAUUCAUAUUUUACUUUUUAAUUAAAAAUUGUCAUUUUCUUUUUUCUAAAUGAACUCUUAAAAAUAUACUGUUGUUUUGUUUGUAAAUGAAAUUUGUUGAGGUACUGUUUACAUAAAAUAAAAUGCAUCCAUUUUAAGUGUAACUUUCAUUGAGUUAUUAAAAGGCAUACUUGGGUUUUUAGUAGAAAAGUAUAAGUGGAAAGGGAGUGGGAUGGUGGGGUUGUGGAAAAUCGGAUAGAUGAUCUAAGAUGUAACCAGAGUUCUUUUGAAGCAUCCAUCUUAUAUAAAAACUUCUCUUUGAAAUUCUAACCCUGCUAUUUUGGCUUCUGUAAAUGCUUGCUUGCUUAAAUAAUAAGGAAAAUAAAACUACUCCCAUUCCAGAGAGGCCAUAAACCUUCCCUGGAUGAAGUUAUCAGUGCUGGCGCCAGGCCAAGCCUUUGUUGAGGUCUCAAAGCCCCAGCACAUAGGGCUCUUUAAGAACUUGCAAAGGGGACCGGAAACACCCCAUAUUUGGGAGACAAAGAAGGUAAAAACAUAUACUGAAUAGGGGAAGUUCCUCCACAUUGGGGCCGGAAUUUGAAAUACAGUUUCUCUCGGUCCGCGUGUAAUAAUAAAGUGUUGCUUGGUUCUUCUCCGAUAUUCUGUAACACUUUGAAGUCCAAAAUUUUAAGUAACUACUGCAAACUAUCCUAUAAAAUGUGGAAUUAAGAGGUAUUUGAUCCUUGAACAUAUUAAUUUUCCAUGCUUACCUAUUUGUGUUUCAGACUCCUUCAUCAAUAUAACCCUCAUGCCUUGCAUGUAAUAGUUGUUAAUUAAUUUUAAAUUUUGAUGAGCAUUUGAAGACCCCUUUCACCUAACAUCGGACUUUUUAUUCAUAAAGGGCUGAUGUUAAUAAUUACUAUAACUGCUAUCCAUCUUAUUCAUCCACUAAGUCCCAGCUCAGAUGACAUCUUUUCACCUACAUUUCUGAUCUACUGUGUAAAUUUUCUCUCUUGAACACUUUCAAAAGCACUAAGGAUAGUUAAUGUUUAUUGAGCACUUAACUAUUGAGUAGAUUCGAAACCCAUGAGAAUGUGGUAACCACGCGCUUUGCCUCGUGGAAUCUGGCUAUAAAAUAAAGAGACAGCUUACAGGCUGUGAUGCUGUCGCUAGCUCUCCAUCAGAGAGGACAGCGUCCCACCGAGACCCAGCUUUUUUCUCUUGUCUGUCUUCUCAAUCCUUCACUGCCCCCUCUCAGGCUCACUGAACCUGGCUGAGCUGGCUUGGCACAAAAAAAUAAAAUAUACAGUAAAGUUACCAUUUUUUAAGUGUAUAGUUCAUUGGCAUUAUACACCUUCUAUUGUUGUACAACCAUCACCACCAUCCAUCUCCAGAACGCUUUCAUCUUCCCCAACUGAAACUCUGUGCCCAUUAAACAACAACUCUCCAUUCUCUGCCUCACAAGCCACUGGGAACCACCAUUCUGCUUUCUGUCUAUGCAUUUGUGCCUGGCUUAUUUCCCUUGGCAUAGUGUGUUCAAGGUGCAUCCAUGUAGUGUGUGUCAAAACUUCUUUUUAAAAUUAAAUAUUUCAUUGUAUGUAUAUGUCAUAUUUUGUGUAUUCAUCUGUGCACGAAAAUGUGUUGCUUCCACUUUUUGUUCCUUCCACACUACUGUGAACAUGGGUGUAAAAUAUUUGUUUGCAUCUCUGUUUUCAAUUCUUUUGAGUGCAUACCUAGAACUAUAACUGCUGGGACAUAAGAUAACUGUUUUAAUUUUUUGAGAAACCACCUUAAUGUUUUCCACAGUGUUUGUAUAUUUUCACAUUCUCAUCAGCAGUAUACCAGGGAUCCGGUUUCUCUACAUCCUUUUCAACAUUUGUUAUUUCUGGUGUUAUUUUGUUUUUUGAUAAUAGCCAUCUUAAUGGGUAUAAAGUGGUACCUCAUUGUGGUUUUGAUGAGCUCUUUCUAUUAAACUUACUUAAUUUUCAUAAAACACUUGGGUGUAAA